AUGGCGUUAGUGAAGGUCUCUGGGCCAGAAAGUCUUGAGAGGAGGCUUCCUAGAAGCCUCAUCAUCGGAGUCAAAAAGGCGGGUACCAGGGCGCUUCUGGAAUUUUUGAGACUGCAUCCGGAUGUGAGGGCAAGCGGACCGGAGACGCACUUCUUCGAUCGGCACUACAACCGAGGUGUGGAGUGGUACAGAAAGCAGAUGCCUCUGAGCCUCCCGGACCAGGUAACCAUGGAGAAGACUCCGAGUUACUUUGUCACCAGACAGGCGCCCGCCAGAAUCCACACUCUGUCUCCGAGGAUGCGUCUUCUGGUCGUGGUCCGAGACCCCGUGACUAGGGCCCUGUCCGACUACGCCCAGACGUCCUCCAAGCGUCCAAACUCCACACUGCCUUUUGAAGAGCUGGCCUUCGACGAAGACGGCGUCGACCCCAGCUGGUCGGCCAUCAGAAUCGGACUCUACGAGCGCCAUCUGUCCCGAUGGCUCGAAUACUUUGCACCAGGACAGAUACAUGUGGUGAGCGGCGAGGAACUGGUUCGCGAUCCCGCUCAAGAGAUGGCGCUGGUGCAAGACUUUCUGGGCCUGAGGCGCCUGGUGUCCCACGACCACUUCUACUUCAAUCGGACCAAGGGUUUUCCGUGUCUCAAGAAGAGCGAGGGCAGCGGAAGUCCCCACUGUCUCGGUAAGACAAAGGGGAGGACGCAUCCUAGACUCUGUGACAGUGACCUGCGGAGGCUGAGGUCCUUCUUCGAGCCCUACAACCGAAGGUUCUACAAGAUGGUCGGAAGAGACUUUGGGUGGAAUGGUGAACGCUAGCCGGAUUGUAGGCAAACAUAUCAUGUGCAGGCGUUCAGGCUGUCAUGUAAAGUCAUAUCAGAAGUGUUUUGCCGUGCGUGAGCUUCAAUUAAUGAUUAGGGCAAUGAGUGAGGCAGAGCU